ACACUCCUAUUUACCUCUUUAAAGAUAACAUUUUAUACAUGCUUACUAUAUUUACAUACACUUCAAUGAAGAAGGAGGAAGUAAAUAACCUGACAAAAUGAGUGCGGGGUUUUGGUCUCCGUCGUUUGGAUAUGGAGCCCUUUCAUUAAUGUGCCUCAUUCUACCUCACUGCUUUGGUCAAGAUAUAACGUUGACUCCACAGAGUCCUGCCACGGUCAGAGAGGGACAAGGUUUAGUGCUGACAUGUCAAUCAGGCCAGACUAGUGGAGUAUAUAGGUUCUUUUAUAUCAACAGUGAGGGAAAUACAAUUCUUUAUGGUAAUGGAGGAGGAGGAUUCCAGUCAUGUAGCAAUAACACUAAUGAUGCUUUCAUAGAAUGUGAUUUUGGGACUCCAUGGAAAUUCAAACUCACAUUGCUAAAUCCUGUUCAUGAUCUGGUCAUCUACUGUCAGAGAUAUGGCGGGGGUCAAGAUCUAAAGAACAGUAGUACCACCAUCUUUGUACAAGUGCCUGUCAGUAGUGUCACACUGUCACCACCAUUGUCCAGUGUAGAGGUCAUUGAAGGAACGUCCUUCACCUUCAGCUGUGUGUCAAAAGCUGCCAGACCAGCAGCAACUAUAACAUGGUACAAAGACGGCGUGGUCGUGAGUGGAAGUUCAUCGAGUACUUCAAUGAAUAAUCUGCUGUACGAUGUGACCAGUAAUCUUACAUCAUCCUAUCAAAGAACGGAUAGUGGGAGGAGGUUAUAUUGUACUGCUGUCAACAUAAAUGGAGACACUCCAAUCCAGUCAUCCCAAGCUGAACUAAAUGUUUUAUAUGCACCCCCUGCUGCCCCACAACUGACAGCUGAUGGAUCUACGUCAGUGGAUGAAGGACAGUCCAUUACAUUACGGUGUACCUUGUCUACGCUGGGUAAUCCUCACAUCACGUGGAGCUGGGUGUGUGGAGAUGACACACUGACCACUGGAGUGACCAAUACAGGGACCCAAUCAGUGCUGACAUUGACAACCAACAGAAAGUACAACCAGAGAACGUGUCAGUGUAGAGCCACAAGUCCACGGCCGUCAUUGUCGUAUAACAGGACUUCAGCAACACAGACUGUCAAUGUAUACUAUGCACCCCCUGCUGCCCCACAACUGACAGCUGAUGGAUCUACGUCAGUGGAUGAAGGACAGUUCAUUACAUUACGAUGUACCUUGUCUACGCUGGGUAACCCUCCCAUCACGUGGAGCUGGGUGUGUGGAGAUGACACACUGACCACUGGAGUGACCAAUUCAGGGACCCAGUCAGUGCUGACAUUGACAGCAAACAGAAGAUACAACCAGAGAACUUGUCAGUGUAGAGCCACAAGUCCAAGAUCGUCAUUGUCGUAUAACAGGACGUCAGGAACACAAACCAUCACUGUGUACUAUGCACCCCCUGCUUCCCCACAACUGACCGCUGAUGGAUCUACGUCAGUGGAUGAAGGACAGUCCAUUACAUUACGGUGUACCUUGUCUACGCUGGGUAACUCUCACAUCAUGUGGAGCUGGAUGUGUGGAGAUGACACACUGACCACUGGAGUGACCAAUACAGGGACCCAGUCUGUGCUGAUAUUGACAGCCAACAGAAGAUACAACCAGAGAACUUGUCAGUGUAGAGCCACAAGUCCAAGAUUAUCAUUGUCGUAUGACAGGACGUCAGCAACACAAACCAUCACUGUCUACUAUAACAACGUCAUAACAUCAAACUUGAGUGGAGAAUAUGUCACCAUUGAGCAUGGGAGACUCCAGAUAAGAUGUGAUGUGGACGGAAACCCGUUAUCUACUAUUACGUGGCUGUUCGUACAAAACAACACUGUUGUAAAGAGAGAUUCUGAUGUAAGUAGUAGUUCACUGGAGAUAUCGUCAGCAAACUGCCUAGAUCACGGGAGUUACAAAGUUAGAGCUGAAAAUGGAAAGGGUCCAGCUGCUGUCAGAACAAUGCAUGUAGCGGUGAGAUGUAAACCUCGACUGUAUAACAUGGAUUCAGACAAACUUGGCAUAGGAAAUAAUGAAUCUCUUCAAAUACUCGUGAGAAUGCUAUUGUAUCCACAAGCAACUCUGACACAGUGGGCUUUCUCGGGGGGAAAUGAGAGUAAAAUCAUUCAGAAUAAUACAGGUGGCUACAGCAUAACAGACAGUAAGGAAGAGAAUAAACAAAACAUCUCUCUAUACAAAAGGAGUGCUAAGACAGAGGAUUUUGGAGAGUACACCUUAAUGGUUCUGAAUGAUGUUGGUAAUUUCACCAGGAUAUAUCAUGUAGAUGGAGCAAGGCCACCAUUGAAACCCACUAAUUUAACAUUGGUAUGUGCCACUUCGUCAGUAAAGUUAUCGUGGAUUUCUAACUUUAAUGGUGGAGACAGUCAGACAUUUAAGAUUUCCUAUUCCACUGUUGGGGAUUCUACCUAUAAAGAUCUAGAGACCAUCAGUGACAAAGGAUAUGACAGACUUCACAGUUACACUCCCAGUAUUGAGUUACAGGGGACAGUAUGCUUUACAGUUACUGCCUCCAACAUGUUUGGGAAUUCUACAUCAGAUUAUGUCCAUUGCAUUCUUAAAGGAAUACAAGAGGAGGUCAGCCGUCAGACGGAGACGAUUGUCGGCAGUGUUGUCGGCAGUGUGGCGUUCACCAUCGCUGUUUCAGUCCUUGUGAUCUUCCUUCGAAGGCGUUAUAAAUGCACCUGCAUCAUAAAAAUGGAGAUAGAGCGCAUAGAUGAAAAUGUAAAAGCAGCUGAACUGUCUCAAGAUGGAUCUCAAAUAUCUUUAGCAGAGCAAAAUAUACAGGGAGAAAGAAGUGUGUAUGAAGAAUUAAAAGAGCAGGAAACUGGAAAUCAAUACCAGGAUCUCUCCACUAAAGGAAAUCAAGAAAGUAAAACGCAAACUUAUGAGAGCAUACAAGGACCCAGUGCUGACAAUAAAUACGAAGAACUUUCAACGGUUUCUAAAAGACAAGCAGAUGAACCAUCAGCAUGGAUUGGUCAGUGGAUAGAGUACCAGACUACGGGUCAUGGAUCAGAGAGACCAGACUUACUACAACUCCCAGACGGUAACGCCCACUGAUGUGUACGUCAACACCUCAUUUCAGAACUAGUCAAAUGAGGUAACGCCCACUGAUGUGUACGUCAACACCUCAUUUCAGAACUAGUCAAAUGAGGUAACGCCCACUGAUGUGUACGUCAACACCUCAUUUCAGAACUAGCCACGUGGUAGUCAUGUGAACUCUAGAAGAUACUUACGAUUUCUUGUUGUUUUCCUGGUUGUGUGCUCGUGGGUGAAAAUAUUUAACAGCAAGGCACUGUGUAUUGAACAAACUACUGUCAUGCAUGUGCAUCUAAUACUACGGAGAAUGAUUUUCUUUGCAAUGUACUAAUGUUAGGACUUUUAAAAGUUAUUCAAUUUUUUUUAAACGAAUGUAGCCGUCUUUCUGAAAAAAAAUAAUUAUUUACUUUUUUACUAUAUCUGAAUGAUAAUACCACCUAUACAUUAUCUAAACACACAUAAUAUUCAUGUAUUGUUUCUUUACACCCGUCGCAUAUUGCUCAUAAUGUAUGACAAUUUUAUAUAUCAUUGAAAUGGGGAGAACUAUCUAAAGUUUUGAACUUAUGCAUACUCCUUUUGAUGUUUUUGUCAAUAGAAUAUGUUCAGUUAAAUUUGAUCAACCUACUAAAUGGUUUUAGCAGAAUGUUGAUACGUGUAACUAUUAGUCUUAAGAAUUAUAAGAUCAAUACGUUCAUAAUAUUAACUGUUUUGUAUACAAACUCAAUACGUCAGUUUCAAGAUAUGUUCGAGUUAUUUCCCUUUGAAUAACUCUCGUACAUAGUAAGGCGCGAAACAACUUGUUCACAUGCGGGAGUGGGACGAAUAUUCAUCACUGCAUAAGUAAAUGUAUUUUUCUCAUACGCUGUUUCAUCACCCGAAUUCAACUGAUACACAGAUUAAAUAAGUGAUAAGUAUUCAAGGAAUAAUUAAAUACAUGGAAUUCUUAUUAUAUCACGAAUUUCGUUGGUAAUAGGUAUCAUAUCAAGAAUACUGCUUUCAAAUAUGUCGUUGUUAUGUUUCUAAUUUAAUAAAACAUUUCUUUCGAUAGUAUUUUGCAUUUCUUACAUUUAGAUAUCUAAAGAGAGGCCGCUUUUAAUACAUGUCAUCGUCUUCCUCACUGACUGUAGGUUCACUCUGUCCCACUUAGGCACUUAAAGUUUUACUAAAUCUACCUCUUACACAGGCGAGCUCUUAUUUCGAAACUGGCGUAUUGAUAGAUGUUUAAUAUUGUUAUUUCAUUUUCUGAAUGGUGAAGUUGAUACUCAGUUCUUUCUUUGGACUUUUCGUUCGCGUUGUUGCACUCUUAGAUUAGAUUUUUUUUACUUAAUCACUAACAUAUUCAUCACAUUCCGAUUAAACACUCUCUGUAAACAAAAUAUGUUUCAUUUUCUAUGAGACUCAGAGGAGAUACAAUUCGCAACGUACGGUUAUGGUAUCUAAGCAACUUCAUAUCCAACUGUCGGACGAGAAAUUUAGUCUUAAUGCAAUAUUCCUGACUUGACAAUAAUUAUAAUAAAGAAUUGAUCGGUUGUGUAUUGUCCCUUUCGAGAAUAUUUCGCUCAUAUGGAGACGUCACAAAUGCUGAUGCACAAUCUAGGCCUAUGCUCUGCGUUUGCGGCCUUUGAGCAGGGAU